ACAGCCCGUGCACCCGUUUUGGAAUCGCUAUUUGGCGCCAUCAGCCUGGAGCAUUGUCGUUGGCGGAAAAAAAAAGAAAAAAAGAAACUUGCGCUUCGUAGCUAUGAAUCUCACUCCACCUCCUGCCGAAGAUUAAGCAAAGUGCAGCACUCUAUCGAUGGCGGAGACAACUUCUCCCAUGCUCAUUGACGACAAUAAUGAUAACUUCUCUGCCAUACCCAACAAGGGCAAAAGCAUGGUCGUUGCUGGCAACCCACCGGACGGCAGGGAUACUCCGUGGGUUGAGAAGUACCGCCCCAAGUCCCUCGACGACGUCGCCGCACAUCGCGACAUUGUCGAUACCAUUGAUAGGCUGACAUCUGAGAACAGAUUACCCCAUCUUCUAUUGUACGGCCCUCCAGGCACGGGCAAAACAUCAACUAUUCUCGCUGUGGCCCGCAAACUAUAUGGAACACAAUACCAAAACAUGAUUUUGGAGCUCAAUGCAUCAGAUGACAGGGGAAUUGAUAUCGUACGCCAACAGAUCCAAGAUUUUGCUAGCACCCAGAGCUUCUCAUUUGGAGUCAAGUCCUCUGUAAAGUUGGUCUUGUUAGAUGAGGCUGAUGCAAUGACAAAGGAUGCACAAUUUGCACUGCGUAGAGUUAUUGAGAAAUAUACAAAAAAUACUAGGUUUGCACUUAUCUGUAACCAUGUAAACAAGAUUAUUCCAGCACUGCAAUCAAGAUGCACUAGAUUUCGGUUUGCCCCUCUUGAUACUGUCCAUAUUACUGAGAGAUUGAAGCAUAUUAUUAAUGCUGAAGGGCUUGAUGUUACAGAAAGCGGCUUAGCAGCACUUGUUCGACUUAGUAAUGGAGAUAUGAGAAAGGCUUUGAACAUUUUGCAGUCAACGCAUAUGGCUUCUCAGCAGAUAACAGAAGAAGCUGUUUAUCUUUGUACUGGAAACCCAUUACCCAAAGACAUCGAGCAAAUAUCUCACUGGCUUCUGAAUGAACAAUUUGCGGAUAGUUUUAAAAGAAUAUAUGAAAUCAAAACAAGAAAAGGAUUGGCUCUGGUCGAUAUUGUGAGAGAAGUCACAAUGUUUGUUUUUAAGAUUAGGAUGCCUCCAAGUGUUCGAGUACAGUUGAUGAAUGAUUUGGCUGACAUAGAGUACAGAUUGAGUUUUGGGUGCAACGACAAGCUGCAGCUGGGAUCGGUUAUUGCUUCUUUCACUCGGGCUAGAUCUGCACUGGUUGCAGCUGCUAAUUAACUUGCUCCGUUGAGGCACCGGUUGUGGCUGCUAAUUAACUUGCUUCCAAUCUUCGGAGUGAUAUUGCUUUUACGAUCUUAGUGAGGGGUGUUUAGUUUACUCUGGCAACUCUUCAUUACUGGAAUGGUAAGAAUAUCAAGCUGCAUAAAGAAAUGCUUUGUUAGGCUUUUAACCUGAGAUGAGUUCGCUCGCAUUUUGGAGGAUUAGUCAUUUAAAAAUUCCAAUGCGGGGGUAUUUUCUUCUACACCUUUACUGCUGAAUAUAUUGUACUUUAUCCAGAAUUCGGCCUUUUUUACGUGUUCAUCUAAAUUUAUUUGAUAUCGUUCUCAUCAA